GGUGUUGUUUUUGUUUAUUUCGUAUCGAUAUUAACUCAGUUUAGAUUAAUUGUAAGAAAUAAUUUGUAUUUAUUGUUAAUUGUUCAGUACUGUUUGUUGAUAAAAUAGCUGAACAGAUACGUUUAAGGACAGAAUGCUGUAGUGUUUUGCUCCAAUAGCCACAUUUUUAGUGAACUUUGUCUUUCCGUGCGUACUCAUCUGUUUGCCAAAGCUCAGGAGCAGUAUGUUUCCUUUAGACACACCGUGGAACAUCUCUUUCGCAGGUUGUGGUUUUCUUGGUAUCUACCAUGUUGGUGUUGCCAGCUGUCUGCAAGAACAGGCUCCUUUUCUGGUCCAUAACGCCCGGCACAUCUAUGGGGCAUCAGCUGGAGCCCUGACCGCCACUGCACUGGUCACUGGAGUGUGUCUAGGAGAGGCUGGUGCAAGUAUCAUUGAUGUUGCCAAAGAAGCAAGAAAGCGAUUCCUGGGGCCCAUGCAUCCUUCCUUUAACUUAGUGAAAAUUGUGUGUCGCAUGUUGCGUCGAACUCUCCCGGCUGACUGCCACCAUCAGGCCACAGGGCGAUUGGGAAUCUCUCUCACCAGAGUGACAGAUGGAGAAAAUGUCCUGGUGUCUCAUUUUAACACCAAGGAGGAGCUGGUACAGGCAUGUGUAUGCAGCGCCUAUAUCCCUGUGUAUUGUGGUCUUAUUCCUCCUUCAUUACGAGGAGUGCGAUAUGUUGAUGGUGGAAUCUCAGACAACUUGCCUCAGUAUGAGCUGAAAAACACUAUCACUGUGUCUCCGUUCUCUGGAGAGAGUGACAUCUGCCCACGAGACACUUCAACCAACUUACACGAGCUACGCUUCACAAACACAAGCAUUCAGUUCACCCUCACCAACCUCUACAGGGUCUCCAGAGCACUUUUUCCCCCAGACCCAGUGGUUAUGAAGACCAUGUGUAAACAGGGAUAUAAAGAUGCUCUGCACUUUUUAAAGAGAAAUGGAUUGCUUAAUUUCAAUGGACCUCACAGAGACAGACUACUGAUAGCUAAAGGUGAAGAAAAUGAGGAUGAUGAUAGAAGUGAUGGAGAGGAUGGAGAACCAGAUGUGGAAGAGAGGGCUCAGAUGGUUCAGUCCAGCUCCUUCAUAGAGGAGCAUUUCAUGGAAAACCUGCCACCCGCCCUCCACAAAGCUCUAGUUGAGGCGUGCAGGGAGCGGAGGAGCCUGACACAGUCGCUAAGCAACCUGCUUCCUGUCAGGAUGGCCUCAGCCAUGAUGCUCCCUUACACUCUGCCCCUGGAGUCUGCCAUGUCCUUGACUUUGAGACUAUUGGAGUGGCUUCCGUAUGUGCAAGAAGAUGUGGGAUGGAUUCGAGAACAGGUACUAAAGAUCCUACAAUAUGUUCUACGCCAAGUCUCCAGAAGUAUUACCCAGCAUGUAUCUGCCCGGUUUUCCUGUCAGUUGGAACUGUACCACCACCAGUCCCUCCCACGCCAGAUGAGCUCCUCCAGCCUGUUUCCCACCUGGGUGAACGAGAGCAGCUCCUCAGUCAUUGAUGUCUUCAUGCGUCUCGAACAAUACAAGAGGCAGCUGCUGUCUGGAGUGCUGUGUAUCAAUAUGGACCUGCAGGGCUCCUUUAAAACUGGACCACUAUCAGCAGAUAAGAGCCCUUCUUCCAUUCUCUCCUCAGAAGGUCUCACGAUCCACAGAGAUCACAGUGACAUUCAACCUGCCUCUGCAGAAGUCACCAGCAGUUCCUAAGAUUACAGGUGUCUGCUGCUGAUACUGUAGCACUGAGCCUCAGAGGAUUGUACUUUACUUGUUAAAUAAUUUACGUCAAAAUGUAAUAUCUGUUUUCCCCCACAACAUUAAAAAUAAUUCUCUAAAAUACACUUUUAUUCUAAUUAUACUUUUUAUGUAGUGAGUGAAAGGUAAUAAUUAAAAUUUGUCACACCAUCUGAGUAGUAAUUUUUUUUGGCCAAUUUGUGUAAACUUUACAGAUUCAGCAGUAGACUUUUACAGAUACAGCAUUUAUAUCAGUAUACAGUGCACCAUUUAAAAUAAGCACAUGUACUUACAACAGUCAUGCACAAACUUGAAUUACAAGAUGUUACAGACAAAAAUGUGCUCUUGAAAUGGCAUGUUUAAAAUAGGCAAGUGUUUAUGUUUUUUUUAGGAAUGUAGUCAAACCAGUAGUUAAAGAGAGUUCCUGCUGCAUAGUUUGGGGUUCAAAGUGAGAUGUUCCUAGUACUACACAGGAGUCAGUGAACACAUCGCUGUGAAUUUUACAGGUAGUUAAUCUGAAACAAGUGUCAAUGCAGUAUUUUUGCAGUAUUUUUAAAACAUACAACAUCUUUGUUUUUAUUUAUGAGAAUAUCCAUGUCUUUAGAAGUCUAUUUUUAAAAACAGGUCUUUUUGAUCAGUCGUAGAAAAAAUUUUCAUCUUGAUAUGUUUAAAUUUUUAUGCUCAUAUAAAUUUAAAUCUACAUUGUAUCUACAAAUAACAGUUGAUAAGUGUUUCUGUUUUCUUUGUUUUUUAAACACUUUCUAGAAUGUACUGCUGAAUCAUGAUUUUGCACUUCCUUGUUUGAUGUAACAUUGAGUGAUGCCCUGUUUCUAGACUUUUCUUCUCUUGCACUGUGUAUCAGAAAUUGCAACUCCAUGAUUAAGCUACACUUUGUGACUUAAAUUUUGACAAAGUUGUCAGAUAAAUGUAUUAUUCAGAGAACGUUGCAGAGCAUUUGCAUAAUUAUUAAAUAAAACAUUAGUGACACUGAA